AUGGAGCUUGAGGAUCCCUUCAGGAAGCGCGCCCGCGCAAGUGGUGUCGCCGGCGGAUCCUUGGCCGGCGACCCGGACCGGCUGAGCUCUCUCCCGUACUGCCUCCUCCAUACCAUCAUGUCAUUGUUAAAAGCCCGGCAGGCGGUCCAGACAUGCGUGCUGUCCACACGGUGGAGGCACCUCUGGCGCUCGGUGCCGUGCCUCGACAUCGACUUUGAUGAGUUCAACAACAAGGCGCCCCCUUCUGACGGCAACCUCGUCUGUCUCUCCAGUGGCGACGACAGUUCUAUCUCCGACAAUGAUACCUCUGAUUCUGACAGUGACAGUUGGCAACCGCAUCCUAAGUACUUCACCAAGUACAAGGACUGGGAGGAUUUUGAGGAUUUUGCCGUGACCCUGAUGAGCCGCUGUAACAUUGCACAAUUGGAUUUAUUCCAGCUGCAUAUUGACAGAAUCAGAGCACCUGUGUUUAGCAAUAGACUGGCAGCAGGAUGGCUCCGUCGCGCCAUGAAAUACUGCACCCCGGAUCGUGCCAGUAAGCUGGGACUGAGCUCUGGUUCUUGGCGCCUCAAAAGGCUGCAUCUCUGCCAUGUACUUCUUGAUGACCAUUUUGUGAAGCGUGUUAGUUCAGUGUGCCGCUCUUUGGAGGAUUUGGAGCUGGACCAUUGCAGUUGUGAAAUUCAGUCAAUCACCUCCGACUCGCUGAAGACCCUGGUUCUGAAAAAUUGUGGAUGGCGCAGUCUUUCUGAGAUUAUAUCGCUCACACUGAAGACAUUGGUUAUUGAUGGUGGCUCAAAUACUGAUGCAUGUGUGCUUGUUAUCUUGGCCCCUGCUCUUGCAUAUCUGCAUCUGGCUGUGAAUGUUUAUAAAUUUCGUGGUGGUGUUUCAUUAAACGAGGUGCCAUCCAUUGCCAAGGCUUUUAUUCAUCUACGGCAUCACAAAUAUAAUUAUAACAGAAGUAAACUUGAGGGCGAUCAAUUCAAACUUCUUUGUAGCAUAUCUAACUCGACAAUUUUUAAAUUGUCAGGUGUCGGGACAAGGGUGCUUGGUAAGGAACCCAGAUUCCAAGAAUUCAAGAACCUGAGGAGCUUAUUGCUGGACAGAUGUGAUCUCAGGGAUGACUUCAAGACAUUGGUAUUCUUUCUUCGGGGUUCUCCUAUUCUUGAGAAGCUCACUUUGCAGCGCUGCGAGUUCCCAGAAUGUUCUAGCAAAAAGAAACGAAUGCCCAUACGCAACAGUUUCUCAUCUUCUGAGCUUCGUGGACUGGAUUUGCUGUGUGAGAACCUCAAGGUUGAAAUCAUAUAUAAUGAUGGCCAUGGACCCCACCAUAUCAGGCUUCUGCAGCGCGUUUCAGUGAAUCUGUCGAAGAACAACAUUAAACUCACCAAAGUUAAUUAG